AUCAUAUUUCCAUGCCAUUUUACAGAAUAAGAAAGAUCAUCUGAGAAAUGUGAUGAGUAUUAGAUCGGACGAAAUGUUAAACAUUUAACCUCAUUUUCAUAAUUUGAAGUAAUAUAAGAUAUUCUGUAUUCUCUGUAUUGCAACUGUCCCCUCUGUUCCAUCUUUGAGUACAAGUCGAUAUUCCCUUCUCGCUUCCUUCCUCGCUUCCUUCCUUCCUUGCUUCCUCGCAUUCUUGCAUCCUUCCUUCCUCGCUUCCUUCCUUCCAUCCUUGCUUCCUUCCUUCGUUUCUUGCAUCCUCCCUUCCUUGCUUCCUCACUUCCUUCCUUCUUCGCUUCCUUGCAUCCUUCCUUCCUCGCUUCGUUCCUUCCUUGCUUCCUUCCUUCAUUGCUUCCUCGCUUACUUCCUUCCUCGCAUCCUUCCUUCCUUGCUUCCUCCUUUCCUUGCUUCCUCCCUCCCUUGCUUCUUUCCCUCCUUGCUUCCUUCCUUCCUUGCUUCCUCGCUUCUUUCCUUCCUCGCUUCCUUCCUUCCUUGCUUCUUUCCUUCCUCGCUUCCUACCUUCCUUUCUUCUCCGACUCUUCUUUUCUUGCUUCCUUCCUUCUUUGCUUCCUUCCUUCCUCGCAUCUUUCCUUCCUCGCUUGCUUCCCACCUUGCUUCCUCGCUUCCUUCCUCCCUCGCUUCAUUCCUUCCUUGCUUCCUCGCCUCUCUCUUUCAUCACUUCCUUCCUUCCCUCCUUGCUUCAUUCCUUCCUUCCUCACCCCUUCUUUUCUUGCUUCCUUCCUUCCUUGCUUCCUCGCUUCCUCCCGUCCUCGCAUCUUUCCUUCCUCGCUUCCUUCCUACCUUGCUUCCUCGCUUCCUUCCUUCCUCGCUUCCUUCCUUCCUAGCAUCUUUCCUUCCAUGCUUUUUUCCUUCCUCGCUCCCUUCUUUCCUCCUUUGUUUCCUCGCUUUCUUCAUAAAUUUCUUCCUCACUUCCUUUCCUCCUUCCUUCCUUGCUUCAUUCCUUCCUUCCAUGCUUCCUCGCUUGCUUUCUUCCUGGCUUCCUCGCUUCCUUCUUUCCUUCCUUCCUUCCUCGCUUCCUUCCUUCCUCACUUCCCUCCUUCAUUCCUUGCUUCCUCCCUUCCUCACUUCCUUCUUUCCUCCUUCCUUGCUUCCUCGUUCCCUUCAUUCUUUCCUCGCGUUGUUCUUUUGUCGCUUCAUUCCUUCCUUACUUCCUUCCCUCCUUGCUUUCUCGCCUUCUUUCCUUACUUACUUCCUUCCUUGCUUUUUUCCUUCCUUCCUUUCUUGCGUCUUUGCUUGCUUCCUUCCUUCCUUGAUUCAUAGUUUCCUUCCUUCUUUGCUUCCUGGCUUCCUUUCUUCCUCGUUCCCUUCCUUGCUUCCUCAGUUCCUUCCUUCCUUCCUCGCAUCGUUCCUUCCUUGUUCCCUCGCUUCCGUCCUUUCUUUCUUCCUCAGUUCCUUCCUUCCUUGCUUCCUCACUUUCUUCCCUCCUCGCUUCCUCGUUUUCUUGCUUCCUUGCUUCCUUCCUUCCUUCUUUGCUUCCUUGCGUCCUUCCUUCCUUGGAAUCUUUCCUUCCUCACUUCCUACCUUGCUUCCUCGCUUCCUUCUUUCCUCGUUUCCCUCUUUCCGUCCUUGCUUUUUUCCUUCCUCGCUCCCUUCUUUCCCCCUUCUUUGCUUCCUCGCUUCCUUCACAAAUUUCUUCCUCACUUCCUUCCUUUCUUCCUUCCUUCCUUGCUUCAUUGCUUCUUUCCUUCCCUCCUUCCUUCCUUUUUUUCCUUCCUUGCUUACUUAUAUUACUCCCACCUUCACUUCUUCGAUUUACUUCCUCCAUCCCUUCUUUACUUGCUUGCUAACUCAAUUACUUACUUCGUUGCUUGU